AUGGACGCCGUUAGAAGCUCAGCAGCUGUUCCAAAAGGCCAAAAGAAAAGGAGAAGAAGAAAAGGACUGAUUCAUCGGAAAGUUCACACUGGAGAGAAACCCUACAGCUGUGAUGAAUGUGGAAAAACAUUCACUUUUCAGCGUUCCCUCAAAAUCCACCAACGCAUUCACACUGGAGAGAAACCGUACAGCUGUGAUGAAUGUGGAGCAGCUUUCACUCAAUCAGCUCACCUGAAAACACAUCAAUGCAUUCACACUGGAGAGAAACCCUACAGUUGUGAUGAAUGUGGAGCAGCUUUCACUCAAUCAGGUUACCUGAGAGUACCGAAGCAUCACACUGGAGAGAAACCCUACAGCUGUGAUGAAUGUGGAGCAGCUUUCACUACAUCAAGUUACCUGAAAACACAUCAACGCAUUCACACUGGAGAGAAACCCUACAGCUGUGAUGAAUGUGGGAAAACUUUCACUUUUCAGAGUUCCCUCAAAAUCCACCAAUGCUGUCACACAGGAGAGAAACUGUACCGGUGUGACCAAUAUGGUAAAACUUUUUCUCUGGAUAGUUCCCUGAAAGUCCACCAACGCAUUCACACUGGAGAGAAACCGUACAGCUGUGAUGUAUGUGGAGCAGCUUUCACUACAUCGGUUGCCCUGAAAAUACAUCAAUGCAUUCACCCUGGAGAGAAACCCUACAGCUGUGAUGAAUGUGGAGCAGCUUUCACUCAAUCAGGUGACCUGAAAAUACAUCAACGCAUUCACACUGGAGAGAAACCCUACAGCUGUGAUGAAUGUGGAGCAGCUUUCACUACAGCAAGCGUCCUGAAAAUACAUUAACGUAUUCACACUGGAGAGAAACCGCACAGGUGUGACCAAUGUGGGACAACUUUUGCUGAUCGUAGUUCCCUUAAAAAACAUCAACGCAUUCACACUGGAGAGAAACCCUACAGCUGUGAUGAAUGUGGAGCAGCUUUCACUCAAUCAGGUACCCUGAAAACACAUCAACGCAUUCACACUGGAGAGAAACCCUACAGCUGUGAUGAAUGUGGAGCAGCUUUCACUGAAUCUGGUAACCUGAAAAUACGUCAACGCAUUCACACUGGAGAGAAACCCUACAGCUGUGAUGAAUGUGGAGCAGCUUUUACUACAUCAAGUAACCUGAAAACACAUCAACGCAUUCACACUGGAGAGAAACCGUACUGGUGUGACCAAUGUGGCAAAUCUUUUUCUCAUGAUAGUCACCUUAAAACACACCAACGUCUUCACACUGGAGAGAAACCGUACCGGUGUGACCAAUGUGGUAAAACUUUUUCUAAGGGUGGUAACCUUAAAAGACACCAACUCAUUCACACUGCAUCGUUGUGAACAUGUUUCAGAGCCUAGCUAGCUGUUUCCUUCUGCCUCCUCCACAUGCUCUGAUAGCUGUGUUGUCAUAUUCUCAGCUUCUCUGCACAUUGAAGUCUGACCAACAGUAACUUCAUGUUUUAAACAGCAUGAAUGUUAUUGUGGCUACGACUACAUACUGGCCUUUAUUCCUGUAAUAUAUUUUUUUCUUUACCAUCCAUUAAUCUGUUGAAUAUUUUCUGGAUGAAUUGUUUUGAAACAACCAGAAACUGUUGACUGCAGUCGACCCCCUGGGCCUGUGCUCCGUAGACCCGUUCAACAAUCCAUCCACAAGUCGACAGCUGGAGAAAAAUCAAGGAGGACAUUCACAUCCGACACCAGAGACCAGCUUUGAACAGAAAAAGGGGUUACCAUCUCCCCCCGAAUACAACCAGCUGUUAUCAUGUGACUGUGUUGGACUAGCGUCAUGUGAUGACAACUGAGGAAGUAUAAGUGCUGAAGAAGGCCAUGGGAUAUGGUCAAAAGCUCCACAAAGAGAGUAUGUGAGCCUUGAGUUUAGAAUGAUUUAUUCCAGAUGUGAUCCCAUUAUUGUUUUUAUCUGCUUCAUACAUAUUCUCUUGUUCUUAUUGUUUCAUAGUUCAACAUUAUAUUUUCCCCCUUUGUGUAGUUUCAUUGAAUAAUCUUUAUUUUACA